UCCCCCCUCCCUUUGUAGAUGUUGGAAGAGAAGCUGAAGGAAUCAGAGGAGGCCCAGAAGGUGCUACAGAAGGACUGCGAGACUUACAAAAAAGUGUUGGCAGAGACGGAAGGCAUCCUGCAGCGGCUCCAGAACAGUGUGGAGCAAGAAGAGUCUCGCUGGAGGGUUAGAUUGGAGGUGUCACAGGGCGAACUGAAUGAGAUGAAUCUGAAAGUGGUGACGCUGGAGAGUGAGGUGGAUAGGCUCAACUCGGAGGUUGGAGACCUGGAGAACCUAAGGCAUGACAAGCAGCACCUGGAAUCGGAACUGGAGCGGGCUGAGCGUGAGAGCGCCACCUAUGUGACGGAGGUCAGGGAGCUCAAAGAUCUGUUGACUGAAUUGCAGAGCAAACUUGAUGGCUCAUAUACUGAAGCAAUCAGACAGAAUGAGGAGCUGACUUUGCUCAAGAGCCAGUUGACAGAGACUCUGUUUAAGCUGGAGACCGAGGAGAAGGAGCGACAGAAGGUGGCCGGAGAUCUCUAUAAGGCUCAGCAGUCGCUCGAUCUCAUUCAGGCAGAGAUCCUGAAGGAGGUGGGGCAAGCUGACCUGAUCGAGAACAGCACCAUUGCAACACAGAGGGAGGAGAUGGACAGAAGGGAGAAGACGACAGCAGGACUGGAUGAGACUGUGAGAGAGCUGCAGCAGCUCCUUCAGGCUGUGAACAGGCAGCUCACUAAGGGAAGAGAGGCUGAUGGGGACAAGUACACAGCAGACGUAUAGAGGACACUGGGAAGACCUGCCACCCUGCCCUUAGCCUUACUGCGGUACUUCCCACGUGUCCCCCGUUGCGUCCUGUUCCAGUCUAGUC